UGUAGGCCUGCGAACCGGGUUAUUGCUUGACGGUGUUAUGACGAUUCACCAGCUGCUACACAUUGAAAGGGUGGAUCAGAGAGAUAACAAAAAUCUUGAGUAGCUUAGGUGGUAGAUAAAUGACUUCUCAAUUGAUGCAAGACGAACACAUUAGUACGACAUGUGACAGCCAUUAAUGAAGCCAGGAAUACACAUUAAGGAAGGGCAUAUGCACGGGACAUUGUUUGGACAGAGACCAUGUUAUAGGGUUUCUGGUGAAGGUAAGGGGCCGAUUUUUAUUUCUUCAUCUAUUGUGCAGUUGAAUGUGUAGACGGAUGUAGUUUCAUAGUUCUAUUUAUAGGUACCGUAAGCCUAAUACUUCAUGUUUUUAUAUAGUUAAUAACAGAAAAUCACAUAUCCAUACAUAUCUACUCAUGCGUUGCCACCCAUCCCCCUUCCCCAUCUUUUAUAUUAAAUUCCUGACGUACCUACAAAUGACAGUUUAUCCCCUUUAAAUUUUUAUUUUUAAAAAAUGGACCAAAGUAGGCCCUAUAUUUGCGUCAAAAUGUAUUGACUAACUUGCAGGGCCGCGCCAAGGAAGAGGUGAAAAGGCACUCACCCCAGGUGCAGCCUUAAGGAGGGCGUCAAAAUUGACAUGGAAUUAUGUAUAUUAAUCUGUAUUCUUGGGGAGCUGAGAGCGCCAAAAUGCAGGCUUUGCCCUGGGUGCAGCUUUUGAUCCCCCCCGAUUCUUACCAACACCAACUCGCCAUGUUUCAUUGUUUAUUUCUUUACUCAGCAACUCAUUAUGAUGGCUAUAAUCGGACUUGCCUCGCUCUUCCUGUCUGUUGGUUUGUUGGUCUGGUCGUGCGCCGUCACAUUUGGUGGGCGAACCUUGCCGAGAGGAUACAACUACCAGGAUGACAUCGACAGCCAUAAAGAUCGUGCUGACCGAAUCAUCGACCACGUGUUGACGGGUCCUGCAAAAGGCGAGGUCUACAACAGGCUGGCCCUUAUGACCGACACCUUUGGCUACAGGUCGGUUCUCAUUUCCCAUAGCAUGCUAGUGAAACCAGUCGGCUAAGUCAUAAAAUAAAUUUAAUUUCAAAACCCUCACAUUUUGCCCGCACUUCUAGCAUGGUUUUGCUUCACACCAAUCUUCGUUAUAUGAAACAUACACUGGCCAUGGUAGGUAGAGUUGUAUCCAAAAUACUGUUUCAAUAUAAACAUUUUCCUGUCGCAUACCAAGCCUCGGCGUGUGUUUUUGGAAAAACUGGUGGGGGUGGUAAACCCAUACUUCUAUCCCCUUCACUGUUUUUGUGUGUUGUGUGUGCAUAAUUGCACACCACGGUGUCAAAAGUAAGGAAAACUUUAAAAUACCUAAUCGGUGACGUAGCUAACGUUUGUGACGGGGGGGGGGGGGGCCUUGACUUUCGCCCCCGCUCCCUUACGAAAACUACAGUACAGGGACUACACAUGAAACGUAAGCUAUAUUUCGCCUCAUUCGCUAGUGCACCUUAUCUAACAUCUUCUAAAAGUGCUCUGCAAUUGUUCUAAGCACCCCUUUCUUAAUAUACCGGAUGCUAUAAUAAUAAAUAAACCUUAUGCAAUUUAAUCUAUAAGCUAGUUUUUCUCAUUGAAUAGCUCUAGUUCGGUUAGCGUGAUUCUGAUACGUUGAUAUAUCAUUUCUAAUCGUGUAGACUCUGCGGCUCUGAAAACUUGGAGAAAGCCAUCGACUACAUGAUCGACCAGUUUGAAAAGGACGGCUUGGAAAACGUUCACAAAGAGGCGGUGACCGUCCCGCACUGGGUCCGAGGGAACGAAUGGGCAGAAAUGUUGACACCUAGAGCCAAACCACUCGCCAUUUUAGGCCUCGGCUUUAGUGUGGGGACACCAAAAGAUGGAAUCACUGGACAAGUCAUCGUGGUAACAAAACAUAACAAAUAGGCCUACUUAUUAUUUUUAUAUUAUACCGCAUAAUCCAAAGUCUUAAUCAAGACGCAUCUAUUUUUAUUGAUAUUGUUUAUUGGUUUAUAAAUUAUAGUAUUACUAUUAUAAUAUAUACUACAGUGACGACAUGUAGUUAAAUGGCCUGUCAAAAUUUAAAGUAAAGAAAAAAGAUUGAGGUGACCACGGAUCGUUGAAUUAUAUGUAGAUGAUAUAAUGUCAAUACGUUUGUAUUUAAUCAAUAGAUGCCAUUCUUUAGGUAUGAAAGUGGAGCGUAAUGGUGAUUUCAGUUGUCAAUAGCGUGCCAAAUAAUAUUCAACGUAACUGCACUAAAUGAGAUUCUUAAAUAGGCCUAUACCGCAAGUGUGGCAUAUUUUUCGUUUCACAGAAUUGUUCUUAUUUUAAUAUAACAUGGCGUAAUAAAUCUGCCGUGCAAAAGGGGGGCGAGACUUUUUUUUAGAAUAUUAAUGUAUUUCAGAGGCGUGAAAAAGUUGUACGGUUAAAUACCCUUUUUUAAAAAGGUGGGGGGGGGGGUUGCAAACUGGGAUUCUUAUAAGGUUCGUUACUUGGAAGAAUGUCUUGUCAACUAACUUUAAUAGAAGGCAAUAGAAGGUAAGAGUAUGCACUGUCUCCGCGAUUGUUGGGCGGGCUGUAGGCCUAACUAGUUCAAAUACAAAAAGGUCAAUUAUAGACCUAUUUUUUUUUUAAUUGGUGUAUUAAUAAGGGAAGCAAAUACUAAAUCAAUUUUGCCACAAUUUAACAUUCACCAUGGCCUAUCUCUUUUUCUCAUAAUGUUAACUGAGAUAGAGAGUUUCCUCAUCAUGUCCUUGUACUAAGCAACGAAAAUUUCGCUUGGGCUUGGGUUAUUAUUAUUAUAUUACUAAAAUCAUAGCGAUGAUUGAUCAUGAUUGUCGUCAUUCAGUUUUGUUGUUUUCAAAUAAAAUAAAUGCAAAUAAAUUGUAUUCGGAUAAAACUGCACUAUCAUAACAGGUUCGUACAUUUGAUGAGUUACACGCAAGAGCAAGUGAAGCAAAGGGGAAAAUUGUUGUCUACAAUCAAGCGUGGGAAAGCUAUGAGUAAUGUAUUUUGUUACUUAUUAGAAGGAAAAAAAAUCAAUGCAAGUGAAUAUUUAAGUACCGUUUAAAAAUGUGUCGGAAUGAAUGCGUUUAAAAUCAAAACUCACCCUAAGAAUAUUUAGCUGCAAUUGUCAGAGAAAUUAAGCUAUAAUUGAGAUUUUGACUGUUCAACAAGCUUACUCUAUAGAAGGGAAACUUUGGGUAAUUCAAGCCACUGGUCCCUUGCCUACCUUGUGAGGUCCAAAACAAUGCUGCACUGCUGUCAUAAUAAUGGCAAUUUUUUGUCAUUGACAGACAUACUUUUUUUAAAAACCAGUGUGUGAGAUUUGUAUUUUAAAUUAUUCAAUGUCACACAUGGCGUGCUAUACACUUCAAUGUCACACAUGGCGUGCUAUACACUUCAAUGUCACACAUGGCGUGCUAUACACUUCAAUGUCACACAUGGCGUGCUAUACACUUCAAUAUCAUAAAUGGCGUGCUAUAUACUUUGUUUUGUGUUUUAUUGUCCCUCUUAUAACUUGACCUUUGAUUUUUUUUCAUUUGAAAGCCAAAGUGUUCAAUACAGGAGUAGGGGUGCCAUCGAGGCAGCAAAAUGUGGAGCAGUUGCGUCGCUUGUUCGUAGUGCGACACCCUUUUCCAUAUACAGUCCGCAUACUGGUCAACAAGCUUAUGAUGACAGUACUGAAAAGGUAUUUUUUGAACACUUUGUUAAAAGUAGAUUUCUUGGUUAAAAAUCAUGAACAUUAGUGAAAAUAAAAGCAAUCUGAUCUGUCAGGAAGUGUGGUUUAUUCAUAGGAUGUCUGUGAUUUAAGAAAUUUCGUUCCCUCAAGUCAGUUGAAUAACUCUGGGAAAAGAAGAAACAGCUGACAGAGUACAAUGAUAAAAUCAUUGAUACCAUAUUUUCCGGCGUAUAAGACGAUCCCUUACUAUUCCUGUUAAAAUAUAAGGUUUGGGCUGUACUCGCCGCCAUAUAUGACUACCCCUCUUUCAACGCACACCAAAUGAAAAACAUCAUAUUAUUUGAUUUCAAUAUGGUAAUUUUAAUUCAAAUGCUUAUGUCAUGCAGGUAGUUAGCGGGAAACUGUCACUUAUAAACAUAUGGCUGUUUGUCAUCAAACAUGUAAACAUAAAACAGUGCAAGUGGAUUCAACUUUUCCUAAUUCAAUCUAAAGCUGAAAGGAAAGAUGAGACAAUAAACCCAUGGGGGCUGCCAUGUUUCUUGUUCUCUAAGCUGUCAACCAAACUGGAACAAGAGGGCGCCUGUCCCUGAAGUUUCAGCACGCCGUAUACCAUCUUAUAAAGAAGUUUCAGCACGCCGUAUACCAUCUUAUAAAGAAGUUUCAGCACGCCGUAUACCAUCUUAUAAAGAAGUUUCAGCACGCCGUAUACCAUCUUAUAAAGAAGUUUCAGCACGCCGUAUACCAGCUUAUAAAGAAGUUUCAGCACGCCGUAUACCAGCUUAUAAGACGAUCCCUGACUUUUGAAAAAAUUACAUGGGUUAAAAAGUCGUCUUAUACGCAAGAAAAUAUGGUACUUAAUUGUAUGCGUUCCCUCCCAACUCACUUUCCAAAACUGCCUCUGGGGACAAAUAUUGGUUUAAUUUCCCCAUAAAAUGUUCUUCCCAUGUGCAAUCAGUGGUUCCACUGUCAAUACUCCCCAGAUUCCCAGUGCUUGUAUCACAGUAGAAGAUGCUGAGCUGAUGUGGCGUAUGUCUGCAAGGGGACAAAAUAUCACAGUCACACUUUACAUGGAGGCACAGAAUCUGAAUUAUGGGACAUCAUAUAAUACAGUGGCCGAAAUUAAAGGCAGCAAGUAUCCUGAGCAGGUAGAAAUACAUUUAUAAAGCACUGAAUAUAUGUUUUAGCUCUGCAGAAAUGUUCAAAUGGUAUUUAAAAAAAUUUUUUUUACAAACCUUUCCAGUCGAUUUAAAACAAAAAUUAAGGCAGAAAAGAACAGGUCAGUUUUUUCUUCUUUCAUCAUCUGUGAAACUUAAGAAAAUGUUCCUUUCCGUUAAUCUUUCAUAUCUUAUUUCUAAUUUAUAUUAUUAACAAUCUGUCUUAUAAAAUCAUUUUUUGUUUUUGUUAGAUAGUUCUAGUGAGCGGCCAUCUAGACAGCUGGGAUGUUGGCCAGGGUGCCAUGGAUGAUGGAGGAGGGGCAUUUAUCUCAUGGGAAGCACUUUCACUUGUGCGCCAGCUUGGCUUCAGACCUAAACGGACGCUUAGAGUUGUGCUGUGGACCUGUGAAGAGUUCGGGGUAGUGGGUGGCCAGGAUUACUUUAAAGUACAUCGUAAUGAAAGUGUCAACAUGGACAUUGUCAUGGAAUCCGACAUGGGAACAUUCACCCCCAAGGGGUUAGAAUUCACAGGGUCAGAUGAAGCUAUGAAAAUAUUGAGCUACUUGGCCUCAAAACUGUUGGGUAGGGUCAAUGCCUCGGUUGUGGACCCAGGGGCAGAGAUGUCUGAUAUCUUUAAUUGGCCCGAUGUUGGUGUCCCAGCGGCUAGUAUAAUGACAGACAAUGGUAAUUACUUUGACUUUCAUCACAGCCAAGGGGACACAAUGACAGUGCAGAGUACCACAGCAAUGGAUUUGUGUGCUGCUGUAUGGGCUGUGACAGCCUUCACCUUGGCAGAUUUAGAGGAAAUGUUACCAGCUAACCGGACAUUGCCGUAAAGUAUAAAGGCACACAAAAAAAAAAUAUCCAGAAUUAUUUAAUCAUGUAAAAUAAUCUUUUAUUAUCAUUAAUAUUAUGUUAUAUUUAUUUUUUUUAAAUUUCAUUUGGUUGUUAUUAAAACUUUCUGUAGAAAACUGUUUCAUCCUAGUUAAUUGAUUAAUUAUCUUGUUCCACUAUUUUCUUAAUUAAUUAUUAUAUGCUUUUUAUUGUAAGUUUAUCAUCAAUAUUUAUAUUACAUAAUCUUCUUGUGUAUAAAUAUAAUAUUAUAACUGUUUUAAACAGACUUAAUUACAUGGUCUUUAGUAAAACACCAUUGGGAAUAACGUUAAACCAACUGACAUGAUCAAAAAUCUAAUUAUACUCAAGGUUAGAUAUAUGUGUCAGAUUUAAUAUAAGAAUAUAUUUACAAGCAAUGCAUUAAGUUUUAUGAAUGAUACAAAGACAGGCUUAUAUUUAUAUAAAUUUAAAUUUUAUUGAUCUGCAUGUAAUCAUGUUAAUACCCUAUACCUUUAAUUUAUGUACAAGAAUACGUUUAAAGAUAACAUCAUAUAUAUAAGUUAUGAGCAUUUUAUGGAGACCUUUUAAACAAGAUUUUUAUAUUCAACUAAAAAUACAGAAAAUAAAAAUAAAGAUAACAUAUCAGUAAUCAAUAACAGCUUUCAAAAGAAAUAAUGCAGACUCUUGUAUCUAAAUACUAAUAAUUCUUCGAGCUUUUAAGAAGGCUGAGAUGUUAUCAGGUAAAAUAUUCAAUUGUCCAUAUGAAUAGACGCCGAUGUUUUCAUCAAUGUGACACUAGAUGCAUGAAUAGGAUUGGUUGGGAAAACUUUAACCGGCAAGUCCCAAACCAUGGUCUCUACAUUUAAAGUAGAUGGGCCCUGCCAUUGUCUCUCUUCACCAUCUGAAGGCAAGGACUCAGGUCCACUAAUAUCAUCCAAUGAGGUGACAAAUUCAAAGUGUAGUCGCCAUCUUUGGCAAACUAAAGUUAAUAAAAAAGUAAAUAAAUGAGGUUAAAUUAAGUUUCAGAGAUGAAGCCUGCAGAAAAUGUAUUGGCUUCUUUAAAAUAUCUUUUAAAAAUUCCUACUUAUUAAAAUGAAUUGUAUUUUUUAAUCAAAUUCAAUUAUGAUGUCUUACCUUCCAAGAUAUUUAAUUUAAUCAAUAUUUCAUCAUGCACCUAUCAAUAGUUAUUUUUACUCAUAUUUUUCAAUUUCUAGGGAUUUAUUUUAAAGUCUUGAUUUAACGGAUAAAAUGUCAAUGCGCCCCCAAAAAAUAAAAACAAACCUAUGUCAGUGAUAAAGCCAGGAGUGGCAGUUAGGGGUAUUGGGAUGUUCAUAUGAGUUCUG